AUGCGGUUGCUGAUCAUUCUCAUCAACACGUUAUUGACGUUAAAUGCGGAUAAAUGUACGAUACGACCGUACGAGGCGAAAGGACCGAAACGUGCCGGAAAUAAUGGCUACGCAAUCGAAGUGGACGCCGCUACGACGCGUAGCGACAACGGUAGCACCGGAUUCGUCCCAGGCGAAAUGUAUAAAAUUUCGAUCCGAGGAUGGAGGACAAAAUUCACCGUGCAGACGUUUCGUGGAUUCGUACUGAGUGCAUUAUUUGAGGAUGACAAGCCGGCUGGAAAGUUUGAGGUGGUCAAGGGACGCGGCGAUGCACGAACGUCUCCCGGUUGCCGAAAGGGCGGAGUUAGUCAUUCGAACCUUCGACCGAAAACCUCCGUUCAUAUUUUGUGGAAAGCGCCAGACGUUUCAACGGGUUGUGUGAUAUUUCGUGCAUCCGUGAUCGAAUCCAAAUAUGUAUGGUAUUCGGAAGAAGCGGAUCUCACAAAGAAAUUCUGCAUACAAGAGGGUUAUCAGAAGGUGGUACCGGUGGACGAUCCGAACGUGGAAUGCUGCGCUUGUGAUCAAGCAAAGUAUGAACUCGAGUUCAUCGGACUAUGGAGCAAAGAAACGCAUCCGAAAGAUUUUCCAACAUUAGAGCAUCUCACUCAUUUCACCGAUAUGCUCGGCGCAUCACAUUCGAAAAAUUAUUCCCUCUGGAAAAUCGGAGGGGUUUCCACGGAUGGAAUGAAAGAAAUUGCCGAAUGGGGUAACACGUUCAAAGCUGAGGCGGAGGCGAAAGAAAAAGCUGCAGAGGUGCGUACCUUGAUGAAAGUUAAAGGUUUAUGGUAUCCAGAAGUCCAGGGAAGGACUAAGUCAAGUUUUGUGGUCAACAAAUACCAUCACCUGGCCUCGCUGGCCACAAUGUUCGGUCCGUCGCCGGAUUGGUGUGUUGGGAUCUCGUCGGUGAAUCUAUGUCUGCCCGAUUGUUCGUGGGUUGCGGAACGUACGUUUGAUCUACUCCCAUUCGAUGCCGGAACCGACUCGGGGCCCACCUACAUGUCGCCGAAUUCCCCACAGGAACCACGUGUUCCCGUGAAAUGGAUUACCACUAAGGAUGAUCCACUCUCACCAUUCUAUUCCACUACUACCGACGUCAUUCCACCGCUGGCAAAGUUGAUCCUGAAACGAACCGAGGUGAUUCCAAUGAGAUGCUUAGCGGACGAUGAAUAUCAACGUGAAGCGUUCAAUAUUACGAACACCAGUGAAGAUGAAGAAUAUAAGGAUAGACGUGAAUGUCUCAUGUCAAAUUGGGGAUCUUGGUCUUUAUGUUCGGCAACAUGCGGCAAGGGAAUUCGAAUGAGAAGCCGAGUUUUCGUGUUCCCGAUCAAGGCGCAAAUGUUCAAUUGUCAUCGUCAAACAACUGAGCGGCAGUUCUGCAAUGCGAAAAUCAACGAGUGCGAAGAUUCGGAAGCAUUUAACUCAAAAUGCGCUGUUGGCUCAUGGGAAGCGUGGAGCGAAUGUUCCGUCACAUGCGGCCACGGAACGAGGACGAGGACUCGAUCAUUCCUAAAUCCAAAACAACAAGAAUCUGAUUGUAAUGUGGAUCUUGUGAGAAAGGACAUUUGUGUGGGCGAGUCUGGCGAUGACUGCUCGGUGACACCGGAUCCGCUGUGUAAGACCACUUCAUGGAGUGAAUGGUCACCAUGUAGUGCUAGUUGUGACGAUGGUGUCCGCGUACGUACACGACUGUUCUUCUAUGCUGAACAUGAACAACGCUGCUCACAUAUCACUCUGCAAGAGAAGGACACCUGUGUGUUACAGUCAUGCAGGCGAUUUAUUGAGCAAAAUUCGGAAGAGAUUUGCCAAGAACCGAAGGAAGAAGGGCAGUGUGGUGGAACGUUCCCACGCUAUUGGUAUAAUCAUGAGAAGCAGAAAUGUGAACGAUUCGUGUACACAGGUUGUAAGGGAAAUCGUAAUCAAUUCGAAACGGAAGACGAAUGUAAACGGGUAUGUGUGCCUGGUUAUGAGAUCGACAAAGCAUCAGUGCCAAAUCACCAACUCAUCGACGAAUUCGGAGUAGGAGAAGUCAACGAUGGAGGUGAUCCUGCACCUUGUGAAAUGAACGAAUGGACUCCGUGGGGUCAAUGCUCAGUUACCUGCGGUCGAGGAAAAAAGACCCGAACCAGACAAAUUAAGGUCUUCCCCCGAAAUGGUGGAACACCGUGUCCUGAACAUUUGAUUCAGGAACUUCGCUGUGAACUUCGACCAUGUCCUUCCACUCAAUGCCGAGCCGGUUCCUGGUCACGAUGGUCGCGUUGUUCGGUGAGUUGCGGCGAAGGCGUUCAGACACGGCGACGUCGCGUACAAAAAGGUCGCAACGGAGAUUGGGAGGAGGAGGAAUGCGAUGAGAAGGAGGCGGAGGAACGAAUGUGUCGAAUUCCCUGUCCACGUUUCCCGUAG